UCACUUCCUUCGAAGCAAAGAUUCUACACAAGCUUCACUACUGCACGAUUCUGCCGAUAUUUGCUGUUUGAAGUCAGCUGAUGUUUUCAAAACAUUAGGUAUUCUCAAAAAAACAUGGAUAAAGCAGCCAGACAUGGAAAUGUGUCAAAUGUCUGGAGAGGUCCCACCCCCAAUGUCAGGCACCUGUGGCUGCUCUCUGAAUGGAGACAUGUACAUAUUUGGGGGAUGCAAUGACAACGGACAGACCAAUCAGCUUUACUGUGUCAACCUCCUGGAUGGGAAAUAUAGCUGGAGGAAAGUGAACCAUAAGAGUGGCUCCUCUCCCUCACCCAGAGAUAAGCUCUCUUGUUGGGUUUUCAAUGGCAGGCUCAUCUACUUCGCUGGAUAUGGUCAUAAGCAACUUGAUGACAUCAGUAACAAUAGAAGCUUCCUUAUGGAUGAGGCAUCAAGGGUAGAUGACAUCUAUUGGGGAUGGAACAAUGAAGUCCAUAUGUUUGACCCAACAUCGGCCAGUUGGAGUGAACCACAUACCAGUGGUCGUGCCCCUGACCCCAGAGCUGCCCAUGCCAGUGCAACACUUGGCAACAAAGGAUACGUAUGUGGAGGCAGAAUAAGGGAAUCCAGGACAAGUGACAUUUAUUGUCUGGAUCUAGAAUCAUGGACAUGGUCCGAAAUAGUACCAGAAUCCACUGUGCCAAUGGGAAGGUCGUGGCAUACCCUAACUGCAAUAUCUGAUAGCGCUUUCUUUUUAUUUGGAGGACUGGGUAUGGACUGAACCAAUGAGUGAGUAAUUUACCCAUUCAGGUUCCCAAUCCUACCUUUGUACCUUAUGUUCCAUGGAAACGUGGCAUUUGGUUUUCUAAAAAAAUUAUGCAUCUCUAGGCGAUGGCUGGGCAUUUGAUGUUGAGACAAAGAAAUGGAGGGAGCUUGAGCAUCCAUACAUGAACAAACCAAGGUAGUGUAUGUGCAAGUUGUUAGCAGAAAGUGUUUUAUUUUCCAAUCUGAGGUAUGUACCUAAAAUGUGCAAAUGGUAAAACUGUUAACACAUUGUCUGUGGGAUCUCUAUACAGUGGAGCAAAAAAGUAUUUCGUUUUUAGCCCCAAAGCAUGAUGUUUCCACCCCCAUGCUUCACAGUAGGUAUAGUGUUCUUUUGAUGCAACUCAGCAUUCUUUGUCCUCCAAACACGACGAGUUGAGUUUUUACCAAAAAGUUCUAUUUUGGUUUCAUCUGACCAUAUGACAUUCUCCCAAUCUUAUUCUGGAUCAUACAAAUGCUCUCUAGCAAACUUCAGACGGGCCUGGACAUGUACUGGCUUAAGCAGGGGGACACGUCUGGCACUGCAGGAUUUGAGUCCCUGGCGGCGUAGUGUGUUACUGAUGGUAGGCUUUGUUACUUUGGUCCCAGCUCUCUGCAGGUCAUUCACUAGGUCCCCCCGUGUGGUUCUGGGAUUUUUGCUCACCGUUCUUGUGAUCAUUUUGACCCCACGGGGUGAGAUCUUGCGUGGAGCACCAGAUCAAGGGAGAUUAUCAGUGGUCUUGUAUGUCUUCCAUUUCCUAAUAAUUGCUCUCACAGUUGAUUUCUUCAAACCAAGCUGCUUACCUAUUGCAGAUUGUCUCCCCAGCCUGGUGCAGGUCUACAAUUUUGUUUCUGGUGUCCUUUGACAGCUCUUUGGUCUUGGCCAUAGUGGAGUUUGGAGUGUGGCUGUUUGAGGUUGUGGACAGGUGUCUUUUAUACUGAUAUCAAGUUCAAACAGGUGCUAUUAAUACAGGUAACGAGUGGAGGACAGAGGAGCCUCUUAAAGAAGAAGUUACAGGUCUGUGAGAGCCAGAAAUCUUGCUUGUUUGUAGGUGACCAAAUACUUAUUUUCCACCAUAAUUUGCAAAUAAAUUCAUUAAAAAUCCUACAAUGUGAUUUUCUGGAUUUUUUUUUCUCAUUUUGUCUGUCAUGGUUGAAGUGUACCUAUGAUGAAAAUUACAGGCCUCUCUCAUCUUUUGAAGUGGGAGAAUUUGCACAAUUGAUGGCUGACUAAGUACUUUUUUGCCCCACUGUAUGUAAUUCUAUGAUAUGGGCCUCAUUUCCCAGAGCUUUCAUAGCGUUAGUGUUAAGAUCAUCGUUAGAACCUUCUUACGAUGUGUCUUUAGUAGUGAAAGUGUUUCCUAGAGCCUUCGCUAGUAACGUGGCCGUUAAAAACCUUUUGCACAUCGACUGAUCCAGGCUGGGUGGGCUUUACUUGUCUCAUCGCGCUCUAGCGACUCCUUGCAGGGCAAGGAGCUGGGCACCUGGCUGGGCUGGGCACCUGCAGACUGACCUCAGUCAUCAGUUGAACAGUGUUUACUCCGACACAUUGGUGCGGCUGGCUUCUGGGUUAAGCCAGCAGGUGGUAAGAAGUGCGGUUUGUCGAGUCAUGUUUUGGAAGACGCAUGACUCGACCUUCGCCUCCCGAUCCCGUUGGGGAGUUGCAGCGAUGAGACAAGAUUGAAAUUGGGGAGAAAAAGGGGUGGUAUAAAAUAUAAAUAACUUUGACAUGCUCAUAACGGAUAUUUAAUGUCUGCUUUAAAAAAUAUAAAAAAUGAUCUACCGAUAGGUGCCCUUCUUUCCAAAACAUAUAAAAACCUCCCUGAUCUUUGUAGUUGAAUCUGUGUUUGAAAUUCACUUCUCGACUGAAGGACCUUACAGAUAAUUGUAUGUGUGGGGUACAGAGAUGACGUAGUCAUUCAAAAAAUCAUGUGACUUGUUAAUUAAUUAAACGUUUAUUCCUGAACUUAUUUAGGCUUGCCAUAAUAUAGGGGUUGAAUACUUAUUGACUCAAGACAUUUCAGAUUCUAAUUAUUUUUCAUUAGUAAAAAUUCCCAAUAAAUAAUUUCACUUUGAUAUUAUGGGGUAUUGGGUGUAGGCCAGUGACAAAAACUCUACAUUUAAUACAUUUUAAAUGCAGGCUGUAACACAAUAGAAUGUGGAAAAAGUCAAAGGGUGUGAAUACUUUCUGAAAGCACUGUAGUCUAUAGCCUAUACUGUAAGUAAGCCAUUUAUUUUAAUGCAGUCAUCUGCAGUUUUCAUUUGAAACAUAUUCUUAUUUAUCCUUUGCUUGGUUGUUACAAUUGCAAAGAAAACUUUGUAUUUCGAGUCAACUUUGUUGAAGUUCACUACAAAUCACAGAGAGGAGGAUUAACACUGUUUAGCAGAGAUCGUCUGUGUAUACAGUGACGCAGGAGGGCAAAAAAAACGCAUUACUGCUUUGGACAUACCGACAGAGUCAUUGCGCAAAAUAGUAUGCAGCAUCAUCUGGAAAUGAAUGUGAAUGUUGAACAAAAGUUUUUUUUCACAGGAUAUGUGAGGAUUACAUAGCCAAGAAUGUGAAGAACUGCAAGCUGCUUCAAAAAACAGCUUCCAUGUAUGCCCCCAAAACUACUGCCAGCUGUACAGAGGAGAAUGUCCUUUUUUCAGACAUCUAGGGAAAUAUAGCAUUUUCAUAUGUAAAUAUUAGAGGGAAAUUAUCAAUAGUAGACUACAGUAAAUUGAUAAUGCAGAGUUCAUAGUUCAUACUCUAUGUUCCACGUAUUACUGUUGAUAAGGCCUUCAGGGUAUGUGGGAAGAUUUGUCUUUCAAAAGAGUGUAGUUAAUUAUCAUUAUGUAUCCAUAUAUGUUUGUUUUAUGUUUUACAGUUUAUUUUAUAUUAUGACUGUGAAUGGGUGUGUUUUCUGCCUGCAAACAAGACUGUUGUAAUGUU